AACCAUUAGCUCCCUUCUCGUCUUCUCGAGCCUUAGUUUCUCCAUUUGUGAAUUAAGAAUAAUGAUUAGUGUCUCCUACUGCAGUGUGUCAGGAUUAAAUAGGAAAACGAACGGAAGAUACUAGGUAGGUUCCAAGCAUGCUAGUGCAGUAAGUGGUCAUUAUUAUUCUCUUUAGUGUAAUGAAGACUGGGUUAUUAACAGGACUUAGUAAAUGUGGGGCACGUAUGGAGUCUGCUUUUUGUUUUCUUUUGGGUAACAGCUUUAUUGAGUUAUAAUCCACAUACUAUACAAUUUACCCAUUUCAGUUGUACAAUUCAGCGGGUUUUAGGUCAUCCACAGAGUUGUGCAUCCAUCACCACAGUAGUUUUAGAACACUUUCAUCACCCACAGUCUGCGUUUAAUGAGGAGGUAGAGGACCUCCCACUCCCAGUGGGUUAGGGCACCAGGGACACAGCAGUGGACGCAAGACCAUCCCACCUCUCAUGGAGCUCUACAGUCUGGUAGGGGAGACAGACCAGCACACAGAUAAUCACGGCAGGCAAUCCGGAGAAUACGCUGCCAUCAACUCCAUGUUGGACCAGAUCAACUCCUGUCUGGACCACCUGGAGGAGAAGAACGACCACCUCCACGCCCGCCUCCAGGAGUUGCUUGAGUCCAACCGGCAGACGCGCCUUGAGUUCCAGCAGCAGCUCGGGGAGGCCCCCAGCGAUGCCAGCCCCUAGGCUCCCGGAGUCCCCACCCAGGCCCCUCCCUGGCCAGGCUCUGGCCUGGGCACUCACCACCUGACUUAGAUACCUUCUCAAGGGCUGGCCUGCGGGUCCCCUGGUGGGUCUGCCUGCCUGGGCCACCUUUCUCGUAUUCCUCUUGGGGUGCCUGAGCCAGCCCACACUGCCCAGCAUCCCCUCCUGGGGCCAGGAGUAUGCCCACAACCCACCCACCUUGUCUGCCUGCCCAAUCCCUGGGCACUCCCCACUCUGCCCAGGCCUUGAGCGUCCACAUUAAACGGGGCUCCAACACCA